AUGGUCGGUUUCAGAGAAUUUGCUAAAACCCUUGCUGUUGCACACCUCCCUUCCGGUUCGCUUAACCGGUUGAUUUUUGUUAACCGGAGGGGAAACCUCCCUAGUUUUUUUUAUAAUUUUAUAAUAUCAACCGGAUCGAACCAACAGAUUGAUAAGGCCACUGUCGGAAUCGCAGGAGUGAAGAAGCAACUCUGUUUUCUAACAAUGGCUUCUUGUGUUGUGACGACAGGCAGUUUCUGUAGUAUUACAGAUUCUAGUAUACGUUUGAAAUCCUCCAAGCUUGUCCAUCUGAGUAAUCAGCAGAGAAGACGCUCUCUUGUGUCCCGGGGCGGUUUAAAGGUUGAAGCUUACUAUGGUCUAAAGACCCCUCCUUAUCCUCUUGAUGCUUUGGAACCGUAUAUGAGUAAAAGAACACUAGAAGUGCAUUGGGGUAAACACCACCGAGGCUAUGUAGACAAUCUAAACAAACAGUUAGGGAAAGAUGAUAGGCUCUAUGGAUACACCAUGGAAGAGCUUAUCAAGGCGACAUACAACAACGGGAAUCCUUUGCCUGAGUUCAACAACGCUGCGCAGGUCUAUAACCAUGAUUUCUUCUGGGAGUCAAUGCAACCUGGUGGUGGAGACAUGCCUCAAAAGGGUGUUCUUGAGCAGAUUGAGAAAGAUUUUGGGUCAUUCACGAAUUUCAGAGAGAAGUUUACUGAUGCAGCUCUUACUCAGUUUGGUUCUGGCUGGGUCUGGCUUGUUUUGAAGAGGGAAGAGAGAAGACUUGAAGUGGUGAAAACCUCAAACGCCAUUAACCCACUAGUGUGGGAUGAUAUUCCAAUUAUCAGCUUGGAUGUGUGGGAGCACUCUUAUUACCUAGACUACAAGAACGAGAGGGGUAGGUACAUAAACUCGUUUCUGAACCAUUUGGUGUCGUGGAACGCUGCAAUGAGUAGGAUGGCACGUGCUGAGGCGUUUGUGAAUCUUGGUGAACCCAACAUCCCAAUUGCCUAAGCUCAAAAAAAAAAAAAAAAAAAAACUCUUUCUCGAAGAGUCCAUAUCCUUACAAAAAGGCUUUAGGCAGAGUCUAAUUUUUGCAACAGGGGUCCCAAACAAGAAGCAAGUGCUUUCUCAUGUGACCGAUCUUUUUUAGCUUUAUGUAACCGAGAGAGAGUUCAAUAUGACACAGACUUGUUUGUUAUUUUACUUAAAAGAUUUUGGUAGAGUUACUUC